AUGGUUAUGGAUUUAAGCAGCAAAGAUAAUUUGCUCGAAGGCAAAGCGAAAUGGACGACUGACGCACUAGAAGCACUUAAAUUAACAUUUAUUCACAAUAUCAAUGAUUUGGAAUCUGCGCCGCGAUAUCAGCCGGGAUUUGUAUAUCAGCAUUUUGGAGAAAAUGAGACUAUAUUUGGUUACGAAGAUCUCGAAGUAACUGUGAAUUAUACUGACGUGUCCCUCUAUAUUUACCCUGAAGUUAGAUAUAAAUUAAAAUACAAAGGGGAUGAGGAUUUAAAAGCGGACGACAUCGUUCAACUGCUCAAAGAGCAACUGCCAAACGAUCAACUUAAUAUGCUAGUGGAAAGUAAAGCAGAAUUCCAUAAUCAUUUAAUAAAGCAAAAAGCUUUCAAACCAUUCGGAGAAUUAAUUCGCAAAUACGAGGGAAAUGGCCAAAAGUUUGAAGUUUUCAAAAUUACCGAAGGUUCUCCAGAAUUUGACGCAUACUUAGCACGUGCUCAAACUCUCGCUCUUUGGUAUAUCGAGGCAGCUCAAUACACCGAUCAGAGUGAUGAAGCGUGGAUGCAUUAUUUUGUCUAUGAAGUAUGCGACAACGGCGAAGGCGAUGGAUCAAAGUACAGAAAAUUUGCGGGUUACUCGUCGAUUUACCGAUAUUAUGCAUAUCCGGAUAAAAUCCGGCCAAAAAUUGCUCAGCUUCUGCUUCUUCCAAAAUACAGAAGUGCUGGAAAUGGUGCGCGACUCUUGCAGUCGAUCUAUCAAGACUUAUGGGCAACCCCAAAGGUUUUAGACAUUGCUGUCGAGGAUCCCGGAGAUUUGUUCCAGCUUCUUCGUGACUAUGUGGAUUGUAUGAAUUGUCUUUCGCUCACCGAAUUUAGUCCGCAGCAUCUGAAAGAAGGAUUUACUGAAAAUAUGCGAAUUGCUGCAAAAGAGAAAUUCAAAAUAAUUAAGACACAAGCUCGCCGAGUUUACGAAAUUCUGCGAUACCGCUCACUAAACAAGAACGAUGAAGCUGAAGUGAAAGCAUACCGACUAAAUGUCAAAAAUAGAAUCUACGCUCCGCAGAAGAAAAGCGAGAAAGAUUGGAAGCGAAUGCACGCUGCGCUUGAUAAAGAAGAAGCUUUAAAAGCUGCCGCAUCGGAAAUUGAAAUUUUCGAGCAUCUUGCCAAAGAAUAUGAAGCUCACGUUGAAAUUUACCAAAAAGUUGUCGAUCGCCUUGAGAAGUACCCAUCAAUCUACUAA